AUGACCCCUCCGCAGAUCCUGUCGCUUCACCAUGGCGUACAUGCCAUCGGCAGCGGAGGGCGCCGUCACCAGCUCGGACAGCUGUUGCCGCAUCAACGCCGUGCCGACAGCUUCGACGACCAACUCGCUCAACGUCAGGCUCAGGCCCAGGUCCAAGACUCGCUCACCGGCUACACCAGCGAGCUGGAACAGUCGACAGGGGCAACCAUGUCCUUGGAUCCCCGCUCAUCGGACUCGACGAGCCUGUCCCCCCUCAGAGAGUCAUUUCCCCAUCACCGUGAGUUGCUGAAUCUGUCGCCAGACUCGCUCGGCCCACUCGUGUUCGCGCAACGCCUUAACUGAAUUGACCAGCCCCUUGCGUUUGUGGUCAGGCGCGAGUUACCACGCUGCUGCCAAGAAGCUCGCCCAAAAGUCGGGACGAUGUCAAACUCGCCCACCAGGGAUUGAUGCGCGUCGGAUGGACCUGCCCAAAUUGCAAGCGCCGUGCGUGGUCCAGGUGGUUGAUUGCGCCAAAGACGUGAGUAAUCCUUGAUGCUAAAUUCGGGGAAAGCGAACCGAUCUGAACCUUGUACGUCUCUUCCACAACGUUGCUGUUUGAUCGACCAGUUUGUACAAUUUCGAGUCUUUGACAACUCAACGCUGGGCGCCUUCCUUGAAGAGCCGCGACCCGUCAAAUCCAAGCUCCGAUACAUUCAUGUCAAUGGGCUGAGCUGGGAUGUGAUCAAACCUCUAGCCCUCAAGUUCGACUUGCAUCGACUUUCGCUCGAAGACAUGGCGAGUUCGUCCCGAACGUUGCCGAUGCAUCACCCAACGAAAGCUCACAUCCCGCACGGCUCUCGCAGAUUCAUCAUCACGGCACCUCGGCCACGAGGACAAGCCUAGGGAGCAAAGCCGAUUACUUCCGUCAGCACCUCUUCGUCUCUCUGCUGAUGCAGAAUUUCGUGAACGAGUUGGAGGAGGUGGACGGAAACGUCGACGCUCCUUUCGACCCGUCCGCAGCACCUUGUCCUAUCCGGGACGCGCGCCGGUCCCAUCUCGACGAGGAAAAUAUCAUUGGGUCGCCCGACCACAAUUUCGAUGACACUCGACAAGCCUAUAUAGAGGAGCAUGCCUUUUUAAGCCACGCCGCAUAUGUUUUAGCGCUCCAUGAGGCGUUUGAGCGUCUGGAAUCCUGCUCGCCUGUGGGGCCAAAGAACGGCCAUGAGGUAGGAGUAUACUGGGCUUACUACCGAGCGGAAGAUCCAAGCUGAACUAAUUAUAUCCGCUGUCUUCAGCUCGUGUACACGAACUCGGCCGAGGCCGAUCCCUUUUUCGAGUCGCCCAGGGCCCACAGUCAAUCGAACCGACUGAAGCAAAAUGAGCGUCGCGCAGCUCGAUGGACCGUCGCCGAGCUGACCAAGGAGGCCAAAGUUCGAAUCAGCGUCGAGCAGCUGAGCGUCUUCCUGCUCGACUCGACGGUGAUCUCUUUCAGUCAGGACCCGGGCUUUCAUCCCCAAGUAUCCUCAGUGUUCGAUCGCAUGGCGUCGCAGGAUGACCUAAUUCGGGACUCGGAACAGCCCUCUAUGGUGUUGCAGGCCUUGAUAGAUGUUGUCGUUGACGAUGCUCUCGUUAUUGUCGACGAGUUCCGGGACCGCCUGACACGUAUCGAAGCCACUGUGCUGGCCCAUGCGGACGAUGACGAUGUCAGAAGGUUGCACAUACUUAGCUCACAGGUAAGAAUCAGCUCACAGACCGGAAUCAGGAUGAGACUUACGGGGCUGGCUCGCUUUUUCACGUUCUGACACAAGAUACUUCUUUGCCUGAUCCAUUUGCAGCUCUUGCUCCUCAAAUCGACCUUCUCACCACUUCAGCUUCUCAUCUCCUCUUUACGCACGCAAGACGAGGCCAAAUACGCUGCAACCUUGCACCACAAUUCGACCGACCCGGUGAAUGCCACGAAUCGCAGAGGCUGGGUCACGCAUCAAGCACGAUUGUACCUCGGCGAUGUCCUGGAUCACAUCGAGAGCGUUCUCGGCGAUUUCGAGCUCUUUUCGAACAUGAGCGAGAAUCUGAUCUCUUACGCCUUGUGAGUCGAGUCGACUUGGACUCGUUGGUACUAUUCGGCAUGCUGUCGGUAAUGACUCACACUCGUCUUUUGACGGUAUGCUGCUUCUGAACCCGGCGCAUCCCCAGUAAUAUGAGCGCUCAGCAGACCAACAGUUACAUGCAGGCACUGAGCGUCUUGUCAAGUUGCUUCCUCCCUCUGACGUUCCUGUCGGGCUACUUCGGGAUGAACGCAAGUCCUAGGUUUACGUUGCGCGGCGCAGUGCGUGCUUUACGAUGUCUGACCCCGGAAGCUCGUGCUCACAAACAGUUCGAACGAUUUCCCCAUGUCCUCGACGGUGAUGUCAGCUAGUAAGUGGCCGCAGUCGAGGCUUGUGAUAUCACCCGACCGCUAAAUCGGUCGCGUCGGCAGCUUCUGGAUCAUCGCUGUACCAGUGUCGGCUGCGACGGUGAUUCUGUUCUCAUGGUGA